AUGAUUUUUCAUCUCAUCACUUUAUUUUCCAUUUUGAUUCAAUCGAUUACGUUUGCUCAAGUACUCGAAUGUCCGUAUGGCUGGGAAGAAUUUACUGGCACGGCUUCAUGCUAUCGUUUUGUUCGUUAUCCAAGAGCAACUUAUGAUAAUGCUCGAGCUCUUUGUCAGACGGAUCUUUUAAGUGUUGAGUCUUUACCAGAACAUUUAUUCAUAACAAAUUUAUUAAAUAUCAAAGAUCCAUCAACACAACGUUGGAUAACAAGUGGAAGACGUAAUGGACCAUUUUGGCAAUGGGUUAAAUCAUCGGGUGUAAUUAAUUUACAAUAUGAUCAAGGAUGGUUACCACGUACAGAAGAAGAACAACAAAUACGAACUUUUCUUGUUUAUGCUUAUCAAAGUAGUCAAUGGGGUUGGUUACCAUAUGAUAUUACACCUGCAGAAACCUUACCAUUUAUUUGUGAAAUUCCCAUACGAGAGACUUAUGGUGUUAUGUCUAGUUAUCGUGGCAUUGAAUAUGGUCUUCCAUCAAAUAUUGAACAACGUUUUAUUCCACGUGCGCCAAAAUUUUAUGAACAACCACAAGAUCAAGAAUUUGGUCGAAUUGAUCAAAUUACACUUGGUGUUGGUAGUACAUUUGGUAUUAGUAAAUUAUCUUUAGCUGUUGUUGUUACAUUAACAUGUCGAGCUGAUGCUUAUCCAGUUUCUGAUUAUUAUUGGUUUCGUAUGAUUGGUGGUACUAUAUCUGAAUCGAUAUUUGUUAAUCUAUCAGAUCCACGAUAUUUUCAACAUGGUGGAAAUUUAAUGAUUAACAAUCCAACGAGUGAUGAUAGUGGAACAUAUUUUUGUAAAGCUUCAAAUUUCUUUGGUACAGCUAUUAGUAAUCGAGUAUAUCUACGUGAAAUAAUUUUGGAUCAAUUUGAAAAACGUGAACGACCAAAAGUUAUUGCCGAUGGUCAUCGUGAUGCAAUUAUUGAUUGUUUAUAUAAAAAUACAAAUACUCGAGAUCUUAAUUAUGCUUGGUUUAAAGGUGCAAUAAAUCAAAAAGUUCAACAAACAGCUGAACGUUUUAUAUCUCAAAAUGGAAAUUUAUAUUUUUCUCGUGUUACAGAUGGUGAUUCAGGAAAAUAUUAUUGUGCUGUUCAAGCAAAAAAUACACGUCUUCGUUAUUUACCAUCUCAAACAAGUGAAGGUACAGAAUUAGAUGUUCGUUCAACAUUUGGUCAAGAACGUAGUCCACGUAUAUAUCCAAAUUUUCCACAAGUUUUUCCAAAUUCACAUUUACCAAAAUUAGGUGAAAAUGCUUCUAUCGAAUGUAUAGCUGAAGGUUAUCCUGUACCUACUUAUCGUUGGCAUCGUGAAGAUGAUUCUGGUAAUUUAUAUCCAUUACAAUCAAAAGCUAUUUUACUUAAUUUUAAUCGUGAAUUAAUUAUACCAUAUUUACAACGUGAUGAUAUGGGUUUAUAUCGUUGUGAAGCAUUAAAUACACGUUCAGUUGUAUAUCAAUCAGUAUCAUUACAAAUACAAAUUGAUCCUGUUUUUGUUGUACCACUUGAUGAUCAAGUACUUGAUGUUGGUACAACCUUAUCAUGGUAUUGUGAAGCAUAUCCAAAUGAAUUAAAUCAAAUACGUUAUUCAUGGUUUAUAAAUGGUACAGAAAUUUUUUGGGAUCGUUUAACAUUUGUACAACAACAACAUUUAACAAUAACAAAUAAUCUUUUAAUGAUAAAUAAUGUUCAACCAUAUGAUAAUGGUAUUUAUCAAUGUGCAGCAACAAAUACACAAAAUAAUGUACAACGUUUUAGUACAGCUGAAUUACGUGUUAUUACAUUAGCACCAACAUUUGGAAAAAAUACAAUGGUAUCAACAUUACGAUCAACUGUUGGUGGAUUAGUAACUAUUGUAUGUAAUCCAGAAGGUGCACCUAAACCACAAAUACAAUGGUUUAAAAAUAAUGUACCAUUAAAUAUUGGAGGCAAUGUACAAGUCUUUCCAAAUGGAAAUUUAGCUAUUACAAAUAUUCAAUUAAUGGAUGCUGGUAACUAUACGUGCAUGGGAACAAAUCUAUAUGGUGUAGCUCAACAAAGUACCUAUGUCUAUGUCAUGCCAGAAGGUACAACAAUUAUUUCAACACCUGGUGGACGUGAUGUAAUUCUUGAUCAAACAAUUAUUAUUCCAUGUGAUGCUCGUUCAAUGAAUCAAAUGGAUUUAACAUUUUAUUGGCGUUUUAAUAAUGAAAUUUUAACUAUUGAUAAUAAACGUUUUCGACAAGAUAAUCCUGAUCGUCCUGGUGAUUUACGUAUUAUUCAAGCUCGAUAUAGUAAUGCUGGACGAUAUACAUGUGUUGCUCAAACAACUGUUGAUGAACAAUCAUCAUCAUAUCAAUUAAAUGUAUUAGGACCACCUGGUCCAAUGGCUGGUGUACGUUGUACACAACCAUUUCAACGUCAAGUUACAUUAUCUUGGGUUGUUGGUAAUGAACAUGGUGCACCAAUAUUACAUUAUACAAUUGAAUCAUUAUCAAAUCAUCGUUCAUGGUGGAUAUUUCAUGGAAAUUUUACAAUACCAGCACCACCAAAUAAAUUUGUAACAAUGACAUUAACUGGUUUAUCAGCAUAUACAGAUUAUCGUUUUCGUAUAUUGGCAACAAAUAUGUAUGGAUCAGGUGAACGAUCAGAAGUAUCACCACCAUGUGUAACACAACCAGAUAUACCUGGUUUAGCACCAGCUGGUUUAGGUGGUGGCGGUGGAAAAGUAGGAGAUUUAAGAAUUGUUUGGGAUCCAUUACCAAUGGAUUUUUGGAAUGGACCUAAUUUAACAUAUCGAAUUUAUGUACAAAAACAAGGUGAACAUCGACAAACAACUUAUACAGUACUUGAUCCAUUUAGAAAUUUUUUUAUUAAUCGUCUUUCUGAUAAACUUUACUAUUUUCCAUAUAAUAUUCGCAUUUCAGCUGUUAAUGCUCUUGGUGAAGGACCUAUAUCUGCUAAUGUAACAAUUCGUUCAGCUGAAGACCGUCCAGCACGACAAGUACUUAAUGUUAAAUGUAACCCAUAUAACAGUACAGCCAUGACUGUAACGUGGGAUAUGAUUGAUGAAAAUGAUUAUGCUGUUUUACGUGGUCGUUUACUUGGUUAUACUGUUCGUUAUUGGCGUAAAAGUGUUGAUGAACUUCAAAAUUAUUGGGAACGUCGUUUUCCAGGUCAACGUUCACGUGCUAUUAUAAUUGGUCUUGAUUCAAAUAUUGAAUAUGCUGUACGUGUUUCUGUUUAUACACAAUUUGGCGAUAGUCCUGAAAGUAGUUAUUUUUCACAUCGAACAUUUCGUUUACCUCCACAAACUCCACCACAAUAUGUAACUAUUCGACAACCAAGACGUGAAAAAGAUAAACGUGUACGAUUAUUUGGUGAUGUUUAUAUGUACAAAUUAGAAGUUGAAUGGCGUGGAAUCUCAACAACAGCAGAUGAAGAACCAUUAGAAGGUUAUAUGGUUAAAGUUUGGGAACAUUAUCAAUCCAUACGAAAUGCAACAAUUUAUUAUGUUGAUGGUUCAAAAUAUAAAAUGAUAAUUGAUAAUUUAUAUAAAAAUCGAAAUUAUAAAUUACGUGUUCAAGCUUGGUCACUUGGAGGUGAAGGAAAAUAUUCAUCACCCGAAAGAGAAUUUCGAUUUGAUAAUGAUGGACGUUUGUUGAUACGUAAGUUUAACUAUUUAAUUUAUUUCUAA